AUGAGGAUGCUGGUCAUCUUGCUGCUGGUUGUCCCAGGUCCUGAGGGCAGAGCUGGUGGCCGGCAGCCUGAGCUGCUGGAGUCCAGGAGUAGGAGCCUCAAAAGUGAGGUGGAUGCUGAGGCGGUGCGCCCCCUCGGGGCCAGGGUAACCGUGGCGCGCGGCAGGAGGCGCUGGGACGCCGGUAGCACGCCAACCGGGGCGGGAGCGGGUGUCCCCAGGAGGGCGCUGACUCCGCCCCAACCCGCCCGCCUGCCUGCCCGUCUGCGCUCCGCAGACACACACAGCGCGCUGCCAGAGCGCUCGGCGGAGCCCAUGGAGCCAGCGGGGCGAGGGCUCGAGGGCCGCGGCGGGGCCGAGCUGCUGCAGGGAGAACUAGAGGCGCUGGUCCAGGACGUGGUGAAAGCCAGCUCGUGGUGGGAGCGCCACGGUGUGGACUGCGCCAUCCUGGCGCUCAGCCUCCUCGCCGUGCCGGCCGGGUUCCUGUGUUUGCGCUUUGGGAAUGUCCUGGUCUUUGCCCUGGGCAUCAGCAUCCUGGGUGUUUGCCACUACACGCUCACGGUCAAGGGCAGCCACCUGGCCACGCAUGGGGCCCUCACUGAGUCUAAGCGCUGGAGCAAGAUCUGGGAACUUUUCUUUGUGGAGGUCUGCACGGCCUUCACUGCAGAGCACGCCAAGUAUGGCCACGUCAAGAUGCACCAUGGCUACACCAAUGUCAUCGGCCUGGGCGACUCCAGUACGUGGAGGCUGCCCUUCCUCAACCGCUAUGUCUACAUGUUCCUUGCUCCUUUCUUGAUCCCCAUCAUUACCCCACUGGUGGCUCUUGAGAGGCUGAGAGAGGUGGCGUUCUGGACGGCUUUACGGACGCUGAGCCUAAUCUCCCUGGGCCUUUAUUCUCACUACUGGAUGCUCCUCAAUGUGUCGGGCUUUAGGAGCCCUGGCUCGGCCCUGGCCUGCAUGUUUGUUACCAGAUCCCUGCUGGCUCACCCUUACCUUCAUGUCAAUAUCUUCCAGCACAUUGGGCUGCCCAUGUUCUCCCGGGAUAAGAAACCCCAACGGGUUCACAUGAUGAGCCUCGGCGUGCUGAACCUGCCCCGGUUGCCCGUGCUGGACUGGGCGUUCGGCCACUCAAUCAUCAGCUGCCACGUGGAACACCACAUCUUCCCCAGGCUCUCGGAUAACAUGUGUCUGAAGGUGAAACCUGUGGUAUCGCGUUUCCUCCAAGAGAAGCAGCUGCCAUACAAUGAGGACUCGUACCUGGCUCGCUUCCGGCUGUUUCUGAGUCGCUAUGAGGAGUUCAUGGUGCAAGCUCCACCGAUCACUGAGAUUGUGGGGCUGCAAUGA